AUGACCUUCCGGCAGACAACAUCUGAUUAUACAAGAAGUAGCACAACUUCUCUUCGGCGAAAGAGAAGUGGAUUGAAACAUGAACUGACUGAAGAGCAAAAGCAGGAGAUCAGAGAAGCUUUCAAUUUGUUUGAUACAGAUGAAUCUGGAGGCAUUGAUGUGAAAGAACUGGAUGUUGCGUUGCAAACUCUUGGCUUUGAAACAAAGAAAGGAGAAGUUAGAAAAAUGGUAGCAGAGAUUGGCAAAGAUUACCACGGCAUCAUAAAUUGUGAAGACUUUUUGACCUUGGUUAUUAAAAAAAUGAGUGAAAAGGAUAACAAGGAAGAACUCUUGAAGGCUUUCAAAUUAUUUGACACUGAUGGAACAGGCAAAAUUUCCUUUAAAAACCUAAAGAGAGCUUUUAGUGAACUUGGAGAAGAUAUAGCUGAUGAAGAAAUUCAGGAAAUGAUAGCUGAAGCUGAUCGUGAUGGUGAUGGAGAAAUAAAUCAGCAAGAAUUCUUGAGAAUUAUGAAGAAGUCCAAUUUAUAUUAA